AUCGGCACGCGACUCAGUCAGCUGACCUGUCUUGUGAUAGCAGCUAGGCCGGAGACACCGAAGAGGCUUGACUCGUCGCUGGGUGGACCGCGCUCGGAAACGUCGCAUCUCGCACACGCAUAAAUAAUUAUUCAAAAUGACGAAUCAAGGCUUGUUAAAGAUAGCGAAUGAGGAACGGGAGGGCAAGUUUGGAUAUGUAUACGCUGUAUCUGGACCUGUGGUUACUGCUGAAAGAAUGGCUGGAUCAGCUAUGUACGAGUUGGUACGAGUUGGUUACUACGAGUUAGUGGGAGAGAUUAUCAGAUUGGAAGGAGACAUGGCUACGAUACAAGUGUAUGAAGAGACAAGUGGCGUGACAGUUGGUGACCCUGUGCUUCGUACUGGAAAGCCAUUGUCGGUCGAAUUGGGUCCUGGUAUCCUCGGCAGUAUCUUCGACGGUAUCCAACGUCCGCUGAAAGACAUCAACGAGCUCACGAGCUCGAUCUAUAUCCCGAAAGGUGUCAAUGUGCCUGCCUUGUCGCGUACAGCUAGCUGGGAAUUUAAUGCGCACAAUAUCAAGAAUGGCAGCCACAUCACGGGUGGCGACCUGUACGGAGUCGUGCACGAGAAUACAUUGGUGAAGCAUUGGAUGAUUCUACCACCAAAAUGCAAAGGCACCGUCACGUACGUCGCUCCUACUGGCAACUAUACAGUUGACGACGUCGUAUUAGAAACGGAAUUCGACGGCGAGAGACAAAAAUACACCAUGCUUCAGGUAUGGCCAGUCCGUCAACCCCGUCCGGUUACUGAAAAAUUGCCGGCUAAUCAUCCUCUACUCACUGGUCAACGUGUCUUGGACUCUCUCUUUCCAUGCGUCCAAGGCGGAACCACUGCUAUUCCCGGUGCCUUUGGUUGCGGCAAGACCGUCAUCUCGCAGGCCUUGUCCAAGUAUUCCAACUCUGACGUUAUCAUCUAUGUAGGUUGUGGUGAACGUGGUAACGAGAUGUCCGAGGUAUUGCGCGAUUUUCCCGAGCUAACCGUGGAAAUCGACGGCGUCACCGAGUCCAUCAUGAAACGUACCGCUUUGGUAGCUAACACAUCCAACAUGCCUGUAGCUGCGCGUGAAGCCUCUAUCUAUACUGGUAUCACAUUGUCUGAAUAUUUCCGUGAUAUGGGUUAUAAUGUGUCGAUGAUGGCGGACUCGACGUCGCGUUGGGCUGAGGCUCUCCGAGAAAUUUCAGGACGGUUGGCUGAAAUGCCUGCUGAUUCCGGUUAUCCUGCCUACCUCGGUGCUCGUCUGGCCAGUUUUUACGAGCGCGCCGGAAGGGUGAAAUGUUUGGGAAAUCCAGAUCGUGAGGGAUCUGUCAGUAUCGUAGGCGCCGUGUCACCGCCAGGUGGUGACUUCUCCGAUCCUGUGACCAGCGCGACGCUUGGUAUUGUACAGGUGUUCUGGGGAUUGGACAAGAAACUUGCACAGCGUAAGCACUUCCCGUCUAUUAAUUGGCUCAUAUCGUACAGCAAGUACUUACGCGCGCUGGAUGAUUUCUAUGACAAGAAUUUCCCGGAAUUUGUGCCGCUGAGAACAAAAGUAAAAGAAAUUCUGCAGGAGGAAGAAGAUCUAUCAGAAAUUGUACAGUUGGUAGGCAAGGCUUCCCUUGCUGAAACGGACAAAAUCACGCUCGAGGUGGCGAAGUUGCUGAAGGAUGACUUCUUGCAACAGAAUAGCUAUUCGCCGUACGAUCGUUUCUGUCCGUUCUACAAAACUGUGGGAAUGUUGCGAAAUAUGAUUGCAUUUUACGAUAUGGCAAGACACGCGGUCGAAUCAACAGCGCAAUCAGACAAUAAAAUCACGUGGAACGUUAUUAGAGACAGCAUGGGCAAUAUACUUUAUCAGUUGAGCUCCAUGAAGUUCAAGGACCCUGUUAAGGACGGCGAGGCGAAAAUCAGAUCGGACUUCGAUCAGUUACACGAAGACAUUCAGCAGGCAUUCAGGAAUUUAGAAGACUAAAUUCCUAUUGUCACUUGUUAAAAGCAAUUUUAAAAUAUGAUUGUUCUGCAACUUGGCUCUAACAUUUAAGGAUGUCCCGAUCUAAUUUGAGAAUUUACCUGUAAUUUAAUCAGCUCAUUAAUAAUGUAUGACCGCGCAGAACAAUGUUAUCGAUUAUUGUGAAUUAUUUGCCGAAUUUACGUCAUUCUUGAAGCCUUGAGGCGGAAUUGUAAAUAGAGAAAAGCUAACCAACAGUGGAACCUCUAACACACUAUAUAUCAUACAGCGAAAUAUCAUUCGGACGAAGCCAAGUCACGUGCCCGUGACGAUUGAGACAAUAAAGCGGGACAUUCUUAAAUGCACUCGCAGCGUGUUCGAAAGAUACACUCCGCGUUCUCGAGAGUCGACGCGUUCGGCUCAAGAGGAGAGCUACCUGUAAUUAGUCAGUUAUAUAAAAGAAAGUAACUUUUCCCCCUUGCAGAGAUAUACUUUCGUUCGUUCUUUCCGCUUUGUUGAAGAGACACAAAUGUAUUAACUGGGAAAUUAAUAUUCCCAAUGUUCUCUAUGUAUGUGUAAUAUAAACGAAAGUAUAAGAACGGUUUUCCGUCUCAUCCUGCCGCGUAGAUUAGAAAUUCAUAGUACACGUAACCGGUAAUCACGUGCUAAUAUCACCGGAUAACGCGGCAUCUGUUGCUAGCAAGAGAUCGAAUCGUGGAGUAUUAAACACACUGUAACAUAUGAUGUACUAUUUAAAGACGAUAGAUGAUAAUGGCAACCGUUACAUAUACGAUUGAAUAUAUUAUUAUUAUUACUUUAACGACGAGACGUUAUGGGCAUGAUUUGAGAGUUUAGUAAAACGGCACGAUACCUUUAGACACAUCUGUAUGACGGAUCGAGGUGCGGGGGAUCUUCAAUAUCAUGAAGAUAAUGAAGAAAAAGAAAUAUGUGCAUGAUGACCAGUGUUCCAUUGACUUCGACAUCAUUUCCAUUGUAUGAUAUGUAAAAAAGGAAAAAAAACAAUAAAAAUUAUGCACAAGA